GUGUGUUUUCUCCCCGCAGGCUCCCCGGGUGCUGAGCAGAACUGAAAGUCCAGGGAUGAAAACGAAGUAGCGGCUGAGUCCACAGUGUCCUCACCGUGUCAUGUAACCUUAUGGACGUUUGUCCAUCGUCGUGUGGUGUCCUGCCGGAGCCCCGCGGGUUUGGGACACAUGUGGACGCCGCCGGGAGAGGAGCCCUGUCUGCGUGUGCGCCAGUCAACAACACCGGGGAUGAAGCGGCCGUGUCGCGUGUUUCCUUCUCUUCCUCCUCCCAAGGGUCUUUCUCGCAGCUGAACCGGAACACGUCACCUGCACACUUUACAAAAUGAGGGUCUUCGCGUCCCUGCUGAAAAACGCCCACCCCAAAAUCGAGUACUACUCCCGGUUCUCUCCGUCCCCGCUCUCCAUCAAGCAGUUCCUGGAUUUCGGCCGGAACAAUGCAUGUGAGAAAACCUCCUACAUGUUCCUGCGCAAGGAGCUGCCCGUGCGCCUGGCCAACACCAUGAGAGAAGUCAACCUGCUGCCUGACAAGCUGGUGGGCCAGCCCUCCGUCAGGCUGGUGCAGAAGUGGUACAUGCAGAGUUUUGUGGAGUUGCUGGAUUACGAGAAUCGAAAAGCAGAGGACCCUCACGCUCUGAAUGACUUCCUGGAGCUCCUGAUCGAGAUCCGUAACCGUCACAACGACGUGGUUCCCACUAUGGCGCAGGGAGUCAUCGAGUACAAGGAGAAGUUCGGCUUCGACCCCUUCGUCAGCAGCAACAUCCAGUAUUUCCUCGACCGCUUUUACACCAACCGCAUCUCGUUCCGCAUGCUCAUCAACCAGCACACCCUGCUGUUUGGGAAUGAUACCAACCCCGCUCAUCCAAAACACAUCGGCAGUAUCGACCCCAACUGCAGUGUGGCUGAAGUCGUCAGUGAUGCCUACGACACAGCCAAAAUGCUGUGUGAGAAGUACUACCUGGCUGCUCCUGAGCUCAAGAUCGAAGAGUUCAACAUGAAGGCCCCUAAUAAGCCCAUCCAGGCCGUGUACGUUCCCUCUCAUCUGUUCCACAUGCUGUUCGAGCUGUUCAAGAACUCGAUGAGAGCCACCGUGGAGCUCCACGAGGACAGCAAAGAGGGAUUACCGCCUGUUAAGGCAAAAGUCACUCUGGGUAAAGAGGAUCUAUCCGUAAAGAUCAGUGACAGUGGAGGAGGAGUUCCUCUCAGGAAGAUAGACCGUCUGUUUAACUACAUGUACUCCACUGCCCCGACGCCCAGCCUGGAGCCAGGAGCUGUUCCCCUGGCUGGCUUUGGCUACGGUCUGCCCAUUUCGAGGCUCUACGCCCGAUAUUUCCAGGGGGAUCUGAAGCUCUACUCCAUGGAGGGCGUUGGCACAGAUGCCGUCAUCUAUCUGAAGGCGCUGUCCAGUGAGUCCUUCGAGCGCCUGCCCGUCUUCAACAAGUCAGCGUGGCGGCACUACAAGACCAGCCCCGAGGCCGACGACUGGAGCAACCCCAGCAAGGAGCCACGCGAUGCCACUCCAUGCAUCCCAUCUGAAAAGACAGGAUUUUAGAUGAAGACUUUUGAGCGACUCUUCGCUAUGGACCGUUUCCUCACUCUCUAGCUCCUUCGCUGUUCUGCCACACUGUAAUUCCAUCAGUGCCAAUGCCUUUGUAAACCUGCCAGUCUCACUGAGCGACGCUCGGUGUCCGACCCGCUGUAGAGGAAGUGUUGUUCGAUAGGUUAGAGACGGCCGCCCUCGUUCAUUCAAAGCCCUCAGUUCACCGCCUGCAAUGUGUGGUCGCCAUUAUAAGGACAAUCUUCCAGCUUCAGUCGUUGACAACCGUAAGAAAGACCGUCUGUACCGAUACGGUAAUAGAAAAUAUUGUUUAUAUACAUAUAUAUAAAUAAGAAUAAUGUCAACACUGUAUAUGCAGCCAGUGUGGAGUGAUCGCUCUGUUUUCAGUCCUACUAUACCUCCCGGCUCAAAAUAUUGUUAGUGUUUUUGCAUGAGCUCCUCAGUGCGGAGGCAAUCAUGCAAAGACGUGCAAAUAUUGCAACAUCAACAAAAUGACGAACAAGGUGUAAGAGCAGACUAACAAUGUGUUUCAGCAUGAUUACAACUUACAAUUCCUACUGUCAAACCCGACAAUAAAGAAAAUCGCUGUUGUGUGUAA